GCUUCCGGCGCGCGCAAGCUCGGAAGACGGACGCGGCUUCCAGAGGCGCGAGGCACAGGGAGUCUGGAGUGCGCACGCGCGCCGAGUUGUCCGCGGACUCUCGUUCCGCUCUAAGUCUCGUGGCGCCGACUAUCGCGACAGGAGGGAGUCUUUAUGUCUAACGUGGGGUGCGAUGAGUCUGAUUUAGUACCUUACGAUUAGUGCGUUCGACGGUUACCUAAGAAGGCGACUUCCCCCCGUUCCGACUGGGCAUGGAACGACGCCCACCCGCACGCUAGCGCCACGCCACGGCCGAGGAGCCCCGACCGCGCAGGCGCAGUAGCCCUGCUGGGACUUCCGGUAACGUUCCCUGAGACUUUUUUGGCGCUGGUUGCGGCUUCGCAGAGGACGACGGCGGCCGAGAGGCAGGGCGCGUUUUGGUUCGCGCGGAUCCCCGCGUCGUAAUGCGGUACAACGAGAAGGAGUUGCAGGCGCUGUCCCGUCAGCCGGCAGAGAUGGCGGCCGAGCUGGGCAUGCGGGGCCCCAAGAAGGGCAGCGUGGCCAAGCGGCGGCUGGUGAAGCUGGUGGUCAACUUCCUCUUCUACUUCCGCCCGGACGAGGCCGAGCCCCUCGGAGCCCUGUUGCUGGAGCGCUGCAGAGUGGCCCAGGAAGAGCCCGGCGGCUUCUCCAUCAGCUUUGUGGAAGACCUCAGCAGGAAGUAUCACUUCGAAUGCUGUAGCCAAGAACAGUGUCAGGAGUGGAUGGAGGCUCUUCGCCGGGCCAGCUACGAGUACAUGCGACAGAGCCUCAUCUUCUACAGGAACGAGAUCAGGAAGAUGACAGGCAAGGACCCCUUGGAGCAGUUCGGUAUCUCCGAGGCCAGAUUCCAGCUGGACAGCCUGCCUAGAGACGGUCGGACUGCUUGCAUUGGCUCCCAGCUCGAUGUGUUGGAUUGACCUUCACCAGGUUCCUGGCUAUCUCGGGAGGUGUUUUGUAAAAACAUCUGUUCAUAGCCAGAGGUCAGAGGAGGUGGCAGGGGCUGUGGUCCCUGCUCCCGUGCCAUCUCCCUGCCCGUAUCCUUGAGUGCCCCCACCCAGGGACUGAGCCUGGCCCGGCUUCCCUGUCCAUUACCAGGUGAAUGUAUAAUGCUAGGUAAAGCUGUGAACCCACUCCUGCUGAUGGAGCAGGCCACGGUGCUGGCCUUCAGUGCUGAGCCUGCCCUUUAAUAAAGGUACCUCUUUUCCAAGCCAGUGAAGUGA